AUGCACGUUGUUUAUCCGCUGGGGCCGGGGCGGGCUGGGGGGAAGUGCGGGGGGCAGGGCUCCCGGCCGGGCCCGGAGCGUUCAGUCUGUCGACGCCUGCCGCCGCAGUUGCACGCGAACGUGAGUGCACCAGUGCAAUUCCCGGCAACCACCCGACAACCCGACCUUCAAUCCGUGCGAACGAGACGUCUAUAUCAAGGGUCAAGACAAGGUCUUUCAAGUGGGGUUGUUGAUAAUUUGCGAGAUCAAAUGGGGCGAGCG